GAGCACACCGAGUUACAGGACAAGCUGGGCACGGCCUGGUGCAAAGGAAUGCGGCUUGGACGCGGCGCGAAAAGUGACGCUCGCAUUAUCGGCGCGGCAACUGGGAUAGUUCAAGCCAGGACGGUGACGCAGCUUACGACGGAGAAGAGUUUCGACAUGGAGAUUCUCAAAGCUAUGCGUUGGACGCCCUGGAAGACAUCAGUGAAAGCUGGAGUCUACGAUGGCGAGAAUUGGCAGCCGACGGAGGGGCAGAUCACGGCGAGCGGCAACCACCAGCAGGGCCAGAGCCAGCGCAAGGUCGAGAUCCAGUUUCGGAAGUUCGGAAGCAGGUACAGAGGCCUGGUGGGAACCAUCGAGGACAUGGGCACUGAGGGCCUCAAGAGGCGCUCGUGGCAGGCUCCAGAGGAGAUGAUGAGGCUUGCGGCCGAGGCCGACAAGGAGACGAAGGACGACAGUGAGCUCAGCAUCGUGAUGGGCUGGACGGAGGACGACGAGUGGGAGGCGAAGCAGUGCAAGCUAGAUCGGUUCGACAACUACGACGUGUGGGAGCUCACCCCCAGGGGCCCUCACGGACCUAAGGCUCUUACGUGGACUUGGUUUCUUGAGAUGAGAAGUGGCGAGCUCAAGGCAAGGCUUUGUGCGAGACCAUUUGGCAAGCAGAUCAGCAAGAGCAAGAGCGAGCUGUGCUGCCCCACUCCACUUCCGUUUUCGCUUAAGUUGCUCAUGGUGUAUGUUAUCGUGAAGGACUUUGCCAUUUAUUGCUUCGACAUAUCUCGAGCGUUUCUGCAUGCGCCGGCUCGGGUGUUGGUUUACGCUGGAGUUCCGAAGGAGUACUGCCAUCUCCCAGAUAGUUCGGAUUGGGUUUACAGGCUCAACAAGACAGUGUACGGACUCAACGAGGCGAUGAUAGAUCUCGACGACCACUUUGAGAAUAUUGCCAUAGGACGGAGUAAGGAAUCAAAUGUGAUUUUCAACGGGCUUCUAUCGGACCCGUGCACGUUCGCAGACAAGGCCAAUCAGGCGGCCACCAGAUUCAGGAGCAUCAACGGCAUCAACAUGUUCGUUUGCCUGGAGAGGCCCGAGUGCCAGUACGCAGCGAAGGAGUGCCCGAAGGGGGUGUCACGACCAACGGUGCAGGAUCAGACGAGACCCACGCGCGUGCUCAGGUUCAUUCGAGCUCAUCCGUCGUCGGUGACAUGUAUGUAUCCAGACAGUGGCGAUUUCCAGAUCAUAGGACGUGCAGGUUCAAAGUGGGCAGAGGAUCCUAUCGGAAGGAAGUCCACCAGCUGUGGUCAGUUGUUUCUCAAUGGAGCGUUGACCAUGCAGUUCGUCAAAACGCAAGGGGCUCCAGCACUCUCGUCGCCUGGGGCGGAGUUCAAUGCGCUCGUGCAUGUCGGGGUCGAGGCGAGGGGUUCUCAGACGUACCUCAAGGAGCUCCUGGGUGACACAGUACCAGUGACGUUGGAGAGUGACAACUCCAGCGCGCUCACGAAU